GACCAGCCCCGAGCUGGAAGAGUCGCACGCAGCAGCCCAGCCCCGAGUUAAUCAAACUAGCAACAGGGCCUCCAGCGGCAGCGACGCCGCGGCGCAUCAUGCGUGAUUACUGACAAGCGCCAGCUGCCGCCGCCACAGCCGCUCCGCCGCACUAUGUGGACUCCGCGAUCUAGAGGCAGAUUCCUGACUAAUCCCGGAGGGCCGGCCCAGCCUGUGCGCCCCGGGCUGCUAGCUCGCGAUGACCGCUCUUGUUAGCCCGAGUUGAAGCGAGCCCGGCGCUGCCUGGAGCCGCGAGAGGCCGAGACAUUUCCAAGACACGCGAGAGGAACAUGAACUGAAGAGUAAACAUGUAUGGAAAUUAUUCUCACUUCAUGAAGUUUCCCGCAGGCUUCGGUGGCUCCCCUGGCCACACCGGCUCCACGUCCAUGAGCCCGUCGGCAGCCUUGUCCACAGGGAAGCCAAUGGACAGCCACCCCAGCUACACGGAUACCCCAGUGAGUGCCCCACGAACUCUGAGUGCAGUGGGCACCCCCCUCAAUGCCCUGGGUUCUCCAUAUCGAGUCAUCACCUCUGCCAUGGGCCCACCGUCUGGAGCACUGGCAGCCCCGCCGGGAAUUAAUUUGGUCGCCCCUCCCAGCUCUCAGCUAAAUGUGGUCAACAGUGUCAGCAGUUCAGAGGACAUCAAACCCUUACCAGGGCUUCCCGGGAUCGGAAACAUGAACUACCCGUCCACCAGCCCUGGAUCUCUGGUUAAACACAUCUGUGCCAUCUGUGGGGACAGAUCCUCAGGAAAGCACUAUGGGGUGUACAGUUGUGAAGGCUGCAAAGGUUUCUUCAAGAGAACCAUAAGGAAAGAUCUCAUCUACACGUGUCGAGACAAUAAAGACUGCCUCAUUGACAAGCGCCAGCGUAACCGCUGCCAGUACUGUCGCUAUCAGAAGUGCCUUGUCAUGGGCAUGAAGAGGGAAGCUGUGCAAGAAGAAAGGCAGAGGAGCCGGGAGCGAGCCGAGAACGAGGCUGAAUGUGCCAGCGGCGGCCAUGAAGACAUGCCCGUGGAGAGGAUUCUAGAAGCCGAACUUGCUGUUGAACCAAAGACUGAAUCCUACGGUGACAUGACCAUGGAGAACUCGACGAAUGACCCUGUUACCAACAUAUGUCACGCGGCUGAUAAGCAGCUUUUCACCCUUGUCGAAUGGGCCAAGCGUAUCCCCCACUUCUCUGAGCUCACUUUGGAAGACCAGGUCAUUCUGCUCCGGGCAGGGUGGAAUGAAUUGCUGAUUGCUUCUUUCUCCCACCGCUCAGUUUCCGUGCAGGAUGGCAUCCUUCUGGCCACAGGAUUACAUGUCCACCGGAGCAGUGCCCACAGCGCUGGGGUGGGCUCCAUCUUUGACAGAGUUCUAACCGAGCUGGUUUCCAAGAUGAAAGACAUGCAGAUGGACAAAUCGGAGCUGGGGUGCCUGAGAGCCAUUGUGCUGUUUAACCCAGAUGCCAAGGGUCUGUCCAACCCCUCUGAGGUGGAGACUCUGCGGGAGAAGGUAUAUGCCACCCUUGAGGCCUACACGAAGCAGAAGUAUCCGGAACAACCAGGCAGGUUUGCCAAGCUGCUGCUGCGCCUCCCGGCUCUGCGCUCCAUCGGCUUGAAGUGCCUGGAGCACCUCUUCUUCUUCAAGCUCAUCGGGGACACUCCCAUUGACACCUUCCUCAUGGAGAUGUUGGAGACCCCGCUGCAGAUCACCUGAGCCCCAGCAGCCAUGGCCUCCCUACCCAGGACCUCCCUGGGCAGUUGUGUGUGGACCCCCACCCUGCACACUUCCCUCCACCUCCCCCCCCAACCCCUUUCUUGUCCUCAAAAUGUGAUGCUUAUAAUAAAGAAAACCUUUCUACA